AUGGCGACGGCCGCCGAGUACUCGAAGCAACUCAAUCGGAGCGACCAUCGUGGUCUUCAGGAGGAAAUCAUCACCGGCAGCAGCAGGUUCGACGAUCUUCCCGACCACAUUCUGCACGACAUCCUCAGCUCUCUCGACAUCAAGUUCGCCGUUCGAACCAGCUCGCUGUCGAGGAGAUGGAGGAACACGUGGAAACACAUCUCCGUCCUCAACCUCUCCACGGGGGAGUACACGUGGCGGAGUUUCGGGCCAUCUAUUCGCAAGACUCUCCAAUCUCUCUCGUUCACUGCCGCCAGCAUCACCCGGCCCGCGCCGCCGACAACGGGCUCGGGCUCGAUUUCAUCGCUGGAGGCGUUCCCCCUCAACGGUGUUGACGUCAUCGCUGAAACUGGCUUCCACCUGCUGACCACGUUGGAACUGCGCCGCUGCAAGUUCUACGGCGUCGAGUUGCCUUCGUUGGAGAAUCUGCCCGGCCUGAAAUGCUUGAAGCUGGUCGAUUGCAAGUCGUACUAUCCCGUGACGGUGUCGGUCCCCCGCCGGCUGCUGGAACUGGAGAUCCGGCUUUGUUAUUACGACGGCUUGAACCUCGUCCGCGUGAUUGCUCCGAAGCUCGAAACGUUUCGGUUCUCGGGCUACCUGACCCAGUUGGAGCGGCUCGAUCGGUUCGACCUCCGUUCCCUCGACCGUGCCAGCAUCGGGCUCGUCUGGAUCGAGGCGCUCGCCCUGUACGGGCGCUCGCCUACGAGGAUGAUGGAAGAAAUGAAUCGUGUUUUUGGGAACCAUCGCGAGACGACGGGGGAGCUGAAUCGCGGGUUUGAGAACUUCCUACUUGGUCUGCGUAAUGCAAAGUCUCUCGACCUGAAUUUUUUCAAGUUAGAAAGUACGAGCCGGUGUAACCUGCUCAAAUGCCCUCAUGCCGUAGCAAAAUUGUUAAUGGUGGACAAAGUUUCUCCGUUCACAAAGUUGGAGAUUCUGAGGGUUCAAUAUUCACAUGAAUCGCCGAUUAUGGAUGAUAAAGUGUUCCGAUAUCAAUUUAAAACCCCUCGUGUUGCUGAAGAAAAUAUAUGCUCAGAGUACGUAAUUGAGAAGGUUUGUGACGUUGAAGGCUCUCCGUCGUGA